AUGGAAUCUUUAUCCGCGGCGAUAUUACUGGUUGAGGAGGAGAGCAGCGCAUCUCAGAAUGCUGGGGUGAGAAUUGAAAGGAGAAGAUUACAAGAUAUGUGCGAUCGCUUCCAGAUGAAUGACGGGCUAUUCAAAACAAACUUUCGUCUGCAUAAGGACGCAUUCAAGUAUGUCCUAGAUACGUUUGCGGAAGAAACGACGGCAAGUACUUUGUCCUCGUUAUCUCCGCUUAACAUUGUAGUAUCCGCUUUAAGAUUUUUUGCGGAAGGCAGUUACCAGCAUGGAGUUGGCGCAGACCACAAUGUUGGAAUGGCACAGUCAACCGUGUCAAAGUGGCUGUGAAAUUUUCUCAAAAUAAUGCAGCAAGAGCUAUGCCCACAGUGGAUAAAAUUUGAGCAAAAUGAAAUAGAAAAGCAGGAAGCAAAACAAGAUUUUUUUACGAAAGCUGGUUUCCCAGGUGUUAUCAUGUGCGUUGAUGGUACGCACAUAAAGCUAAUCAAGCCAUCCGAUGAACCUUUUCCUUAUUACAAUAGAAAAGGAUUUUAUAGCAUCAAUGCUAUGGUGGUGUGCGAUCACAAAUUACGAAUAAGAAGCAUUGACCCAUUACAACCUUGGCUAAUGACUCCGUAUCGUUCCGUAAGUCAAGACAGCCGACAAAGUAAUUAUAACAUAAAGCACUCCAAAACUAGAAAUAUUAUAGAGCGAACGAUCGGUGUUUUAAAGAACCGCUUUCGAUGUUUGUUGGGAGCUCGAGAGCUGCAUUACUCGCCUCAAAAAGCGAGUCAAUUUAUAAAUGUUGCUUGUGCACUACACAAUAUUUGCAUUUUCUACAAAGUAGAAGAUUUGAACCCGAUAGAAUUUGAUAAUGAAAGCCCUCAAGAGGAAGAGGAAGUGGAACAAACCAAUGACCCUGAAUUUACUUCAACAGCAAAUCGUAUUCGUGACAACAUACUUUCUUCUUUUUAAAGUG